UGAUUCAUCAGUGAUUGCCUCAACUGUCUGGUGAUAAUGAGCAUGAAUUGAAUUAUUCUGUUAUCGUUUUACCGAUUCCAACUGUUUUAAAGAGACUUUGUAGGCAAGUGUAACGUAGGGCCUUCAAUUUUACAGUUUUGAAGUAGGCAUGACCGAUCAUUAGCGGCUAUCUUGAGUGUGCAGUUCCGAUCAUUCUCUCGGUGCCCUCCUGUAAAGUUCUGUCCUUCUCCGGGUGAUAAUGGGACUUCUGACGGAAGGAAAUCCUCUCUCAUGGACCGAAACCAAGAAUUUGGCUGAACACGUUAGAAAGCACGGUAUCACGCAGUUCAUCAACUCAUACAGACGUCUGAAAGACCGUGAGGGCGAUGUGCUCAAAUGGGGUGAUGAAGUGGAGUACAUUGUUGUCAAGUUUGACCAUGAAAAAAAGAUUGCAAGAGUCAGUCUAAGAGCUCCAGAAAUUUUGAAAAUAUUAAAUGAUAAAGAAGCAGCAGACCCUGAUGGUGUUAAGUCCUUAUGGCGACCUGAGUACGGUGCAUACAUGAUCGAAGGAACUCCAGGAAAACCAUAUGGAGGUUUACUUGCACAUUUCAACAUAGUAGAAGCGAACAUGCGCCAUCGACGGGAGGAAGUGGAGCAGUUACUAGAGCCCGGUGAAGCUAUAUUGUCUCUCACCUCAUUCCCCAGGUUGGGUUGUAUUCCAUUUACCUGGCCAGAAACGUUUCCAACGCCUAAUGAAGGUGCCACACAUUCCUUGUUUUUCCCAAAUGAUGCCAUUUUUCCCAAUCACCCUCGGUUCAAGACUCUAACCAGGAACAUUAGAUUGCGACGAGGAGAAAAAGUCGCGAUAAAUAUUCCCAUAUUCAAAGAUGUACAUACUCCAAGUCCGUUUAAGGAGGACUUGGCAGCCCUUGGAGAUGAUGGAGAAGGGGAAAAAGCAGCUUUACCUGAUCACAUAUACAUGGAUGCAAUGGGAUUUGGCAUGGGGUGUUGUUGUUUGCAAUUAACAUUUCAGGCCUGCAACAUCGAAGAAGCUAAAACCCUGUAUGAUCAACUCACACCACUCUGUCCAAUUAUGCUUGCCCUGACAGCUGCGUCUCCACUCUAUCGUGGCUAUGUAUCUGAUGUUGACUGUCGAUGGAAUGUGAUUUCUGGAUCUGUUGACUGUCGCACAAGGGAAGAGCGUGGCUUGGCACCAUUACGAUUCAACAAAUUUAGAAUCCCUAAAUCAAGAUAUGAUUCGAUAGAUUCAUACCUCUCAGAGCUUGGCGAAAAAUUCAAUGAUGUUCCAUUAGUGUAUGAUGAAUCCAUUUACCAGCGUCUUAGAGAAGCAAAUAUUGAUAAUGCACUUGCAAAACACAUAGCUCAUCUGUUUAUUCGAGAUACUGUGUCACUCUUCUCCGAGAAAAUAAAUCAAAAUGAUGAAACUGAUACUGACCACUUUGAGAAUAUUCAAUCAACAAAUUGGCAGUCAAUGCGAUUUAAACCCCCACCAGCCAAUUCAUCGAUUGGUUGGCGCGUUGAAUUUCGUCCUUGCGAGGCUCAACUUACAGAUUUUGAAAAUGCUGCCAUUGUCUGUUUCGUUGUUCUUCUCACAAGAGUCAUUCUCUCGUACAAAUUAAAUUUCAUCAUUCCAAUAAGUAAAGUUGACGAGAACAUGGCCAAAGCCCAAAAAAGAUCAGCUGUAACAAAGGAAGUUUUCUGGUUUCGCACUGAUUUAACAAUGCCCAAGUGCAACGAUGUGCAAAAUAAUUGUCAGUCAGCAGGUGACUCCUCUGGUAGUAAAUCAACAGGUUCAAGCUCUGAUAAAAACGUCUGCUGCGCAGACCCUACGAACUAUGCUCAGAUGUCAAUUAAUGACAUAAUCAACGGCAAAGACUCUGUUUUCCCAGGUCUUGUACCUCUGAUCAAUAGCUACCUGAAUGGAAUGGAUGUUGAUGCAGAUACGCACUGCACAAUUCAGCAAUAUUUAAAGUUGAUUCAGAGGAGAGCAAGUGGAGAAAUUUUAACCACUGCAGGCUGGAUUCGGCAAUUUGUCAUGAAGCAUCCAGAGUACAAGAAAGAUUCUGUUGUAAGUGAGAUAAUAAACUACGACUUAUUAUCAAAGAUUGUUGAUGUUCAGUCUGGUCGGAUCUCAUGUCCAGAGCUGCUAGGCCAGUGUUUGAUCAACAAUUCAAAGACUACAGAAUCCAUCCCAGCUGCCUUUACAAAAGCGUACCCUUGUGCUCAGUAGAAGUAAACCGCUUCUUGCCUUCAAGUCAUGACAUCUCUGCAUGGUGCUCUCUUUUCUAAAUGAUUUCAGGCUACUGUAAAUAGUGGAGGCAAAAAUUCUACUUCAACAUCAGCAUGUUCAGGGAACAGCAUCGUAGUAAGGCUUGAGGAAAGUUUUGCCCAGCUAACUGACCAAAAAAGUUAGCCUUCUCUAACAUGUUGAUUCAAAGAGACUGGAUGUACAUCAGAAGCACUUUCUGAAGAUGUAAAGUUACUUAAUAUAUUUCAAUUACCAAAAAAGUCAGUGCACCUAUUCAAGUUAGGUAAAUUUUCGUACACCAGUGUGCAUUCAUCAUUCAAUAGAAAACUGUUGAAAUUUAGGAUGAGUUUAUCCCGGUCUUUGUAAAAAUUGAACUAAUUUAAGAACAAGGGUCUGUGCAAUUGAUAUUUCUCCAGUUACGGAGCAAAAUGCUACCCAUCAUUAUGUAUUCACUCCAAUCACAAGAGUUUUUCUGAGAAUCAAGGACAUUUCAAUGUGCCUUUGCCGAAACUUGCCAGUCUCACAAGCAGCUAUCAGCUUUAAUGUGCAUAAUGAAGCAUGCGUAAAAAAAUAUUUAUAGUUUGUUGACCACAAAAAAUCGGCAUCAUGUGUUCCGCAGGUAUGAUUUUGAUCUCUAUACAGCUGAUGCUAGAAUUGCCCGAUAACCAUUAUUCAAUAAAAACUAGCAAAAGUUUUUGUAGGUGUUCAUGAAAUGAAGUACAGACCAUUAUUAUCUCUAUGGAUACAUGAAUCUUCAGUGACCUUUCUGAACCUUGUUCUCAGAGUGUUAUCUUGCGGAAAUGUCAUUGAAAAUUUUGCAAUCUAACAGAAAUCCAUAUGCCGGUCUCAAAGAGUAAAUUAGGAAAAACAGAAUUUUAUGGAGAAAAUUUAAUUUGUUAGAUGGGAAAUGAGCUUUAUUUAUUGAUUAUCAACUUUUGUUUGGUUAGUUUUAUUUGAGUUAGAUGGAUAUGAUCCGCACUCAAUACGCUGUGUUUGUUGUUACAAAUUUGUUGUAUUUUAGUUUAAAUUUGUUGAGUGAUAUAGUUUGACACAGUUUAUUUCUGGUUAUUUUUAUACCAUGGCUUGAGGUUUCAACUUAGCAUUUUGUCUGUUUUCUUGGUAAGAGAAAUUGAUCCUUCAUUUUCAUUCUGGCAAAAAGUUUCAGCUGAAAAAUUGAAGUAGGUAUCGUUGCAGGUUACCUGGUUACAGCUUGUAACUUAGUAUCCAACCGUUGAUGGAAAAGUGAGAAGAUGCACUCCUCAAUGCAUUUUUCUUUAUGCUCUGUCAGCGUUUUUUUGGAUUGUUGGAUAUUCCAUGCACCCUUUACGAAUGUUCAUCGCCAACAGAUCAAACUUUUUUUGGAUUUCAGGAAUAAAAUUGCCCAGAACCAUACCGGUUGAGAGGUGAAUAGGUAUAUUUUGAUUAGAAAUAGAGAGAUGAUGGUUCAAAUUGUUAAAUAGAAAGGACUGUAUUUACUCACAAAUAUCCUCCUAUACACUCGCAAGAUAUUUUGGGUCAAGUCUAAGUUUUGAUACUUUGUUGUUUCUCUAGAGUAAUUUCUCGAAGCACCAUAAACAAAAUGAAAGGCCAUGUGGCUCCCAACAGCCUUAGGAAUGAGGAUGGCAAAAAUUCCAAGUGUGCAUUUUUUUAUGAUGCCCAGUAUUUUUCAUUGUUCAAGAUUGCACAACACGCACAACUGACUAAUUUUGUUGACAAUUCACACACCUAAAGAACACGCUAUGCAGAUUUGAAAUGUAUUUAAGGAGGAUCAAGAUAAUUUCAUUCCAGAGUCCUAUUGAAAUGUAGUAUUCAUAGGGCAGGUGUGAUCAGAUCAAGCUAAAAUGAAGUAGAAUCACCGAUUGGUUCGAUCUUUCGAUCCUCCUCACUACUCAUUCUAACCAUGAGCUGGAAUCAUGAUUGGCUUCUUGCAUGAUCAGAUUUCUUACUUGGUGCAGGGAUCGUAUGAUCUGAACAACCAAUUAAGCCAAUCAAAAGCAGCUUUUUAUAUCUUCUUAAAAUGAAGACAAAAUUUGGGAGUGAUUAAUCUCACAGUAACUAGUCGAGGAAAUAACACCAAGUUAUUAGUUUCCGAUAUCAACACCGUGAAGCUCUUGAGUGGGACGUAUUGCCACAACCUUUUUACCAAAUCUUGUCCAUUGAAUAAUCCUGGAAUUUCAAAUAAUUGCAUUAUUUUACUCAUGCUAAUUUGAAUGAAUUACAAGUUUACACCUCUUUACUCUGAAGUGCAUGAGAUAUUUAGAUAAGCUCUGUUUAGAUGUAAGUUCUCCUCUUUCAGGAGUGAAGAUCAAAUUUAUUACGCAGCAUUAUUUGCUUUGAUUUCAUCUUAGGGACAUUGUGAUUUGUUCGUUUUAAACGAAAAUUAAUGUUAAGUUGAUUACAAUUAAGCUCUACGUUAAAACACCUUGAUUUCUAUAUUUUUUAUGUGAUACCUUUCAAAGGACACAAAACUACCAUAAGUUUAUAGUUUUUUGUAAUCACUUAGCAAGUACAGGUGCUUUUUUAUUCUGUUUAUGUUUUUAUCUUUCACUGUUUUAUAAUUAUUUGAUUCUUUGUUUGUUGAUCUUGCUUUUCUCUUGUUUUUCAAUCAAUUUAUGAUUCAGAGAGAGGAUGGAGAUAAAUUCUAAAGAGAAAAAUAAAACAAAUUUGUUUUGAUGAUUGUUUCAAAAUUAAACAUAUUUUGGAUCAUGUUUCAAUGAUGAAACUCCCAAACCAUGUAUCUCGUUUCCGGUGUUUAAAAAUCUCAGCUCCAAUUUUACUUUUUUGAAGGAGAACAAUUUAACAGCAUCCCUUGAAAUUAAGAAUUUGCUUUGCACAAAGAGGAAAAUCACAGAAGUUUCUAAGAAUUGAGGUUGAGUGGUUCUCCAUUUAAAAAAUAAAUUAUGACAGUAAGGUACGUUUGAGAUGAACGUUCCGUAAAAAGUGACAAUACUGGUGUUCGACUCAGCCAGUUUCAGUAAUCUUGAAGAACCUUGUAAGAGCUCCGAGAGUAAGACUGGUGAAACUAUUGUGAUCACAUUGAUUUUUAAGCAGUAGUCUUGGAGUUUAAGCAAAAUAAUACUAUUUUUUAGAAGCCCCUUGUAUUUUAGAUGAUCUCUCCGAGUAGCUGCAAGUGCUGGUUUGGUGGUUAUAGCUGUUUUAAUAGGUGAAUUUAGUCUCAGGCCUAUAUUAGCAUGUUUGUACAUUCACACUCACAGCACAUAUAAUUCAGUUUCUUGCGAGGUGAAAAUGAAUAUGACCGUACAAAAUUCCAAUUUUCUUGAAUGUGUCCAACAAAUUUCCAUUUUGUUUUUUCGGCAAAUUGUUGUUCUAAAAACAAAUAUUAAUAGCUCACAAAACUCCAAAUAAGAAACAAAAACUUUUAUUGCACAGUUCAUUUAUAAGGAGAAAAGAUUCAACAUUUUAAGAAUUCACUUUUCCCCCAAAUGAGGAUCACAAAUAAUUGGCUAGCUUAUGAACAGUAAGGAACAUACAAUCAAUUUUUGUUGUUGUUCUCAUCGGUUGUUCAUACUCAUAGCUCUCUAUACACAUUUUCCAAAAUUAAAUUUUAAUUUCAGAAUAUUAUUUACUAAUUAUGGAUGUAUUUAUCUUUUGAGGAUCAAUUGGACAGAGUUA